GCAAGCCAAAGGGAGCUAGCUUCUUGAAGGGCGGAGGUCACCAUUCCCAUCGUCACGCGCUGCUGGAGCUAGCUACCGAGAUGGACGUGCUGGGCAAGAUCGUACAGGGCACGGGCUGCGCCGUGGACGGCACCGUGGCGGCGCAGAACCCGCUUUCGCGCGCCCUUGACAGCGUGGUGCAGUCGCAAGCGCGCGGCCGCCAGGCCCGCGGCCCCAUGCCGCCGUACGGCGGGCGCAGCGAGCUGCAGAUGCAGAUGCAGCGCCCCAACGUGGCCCAAGGCGCCGACCCCCAGUUCCUGGCGGCGUUCGAGCAGGAGGCGGCCAGCCGCUCGCGCAUGGAGGCGGCCUUCCGCGCAGGCGAGGCGCAGCAGCAGAUGAUGCACGCACACCAGGCCUCCAUGGAGGCGGCCUUCGGGGAGGCCCAGCGCGCGCAGUUUCAGCACAUGCAGGGCCCACCGCCGCCGCCCAUGAUGGGGCCGCAGAUGAUGCACCCGCGCGCCAUGCAGCACGACGCGUGGGUCGAAGACUUCCGCUCCAACCACCUGGACGACGCCUGGCAGACCGCGGGCAAGUCGCAUCAUGAGGUGGCGUGGGAGGAGGCCAAGGCCCCCGUGCCCAUGAUGCACCACCAGCCGAUGAUGCAUGCUGCGCCAGCGGUUGCGCAGCAAGUGGAUGCCCCGCUCGAGCAAGUGGCGCAAGAAGCCGCUAAGAACCUGGAGGUGCAGCAAGCUUCGAGCGAGAUGGCACGCACCAUGAGCCAGAACCCGGACCCCAAGUUCCAGAACAGUCAGUUCCUCAAGUUCAUGAACCAGGUCAGCUCUGGCGAGGUGCAAAUCGACGAAGAGAAGAACGAAGUUGUCGGUGGUGAGCUGAAGAUGGAGGGCGCGCUGGAGGGAGCGUGGGAAGACACGUCCGAUAUGCACUCAAACCGGGACCUCUUUGACUCAAGCUGGAAGCAAAGUGGCAACGCGUCGGCCGCUGCAAUGGAGAGUGUGUUCGCAGAGUCGGCGGCAGCCCAUGCGCAUCCGCUAGAAGGAGCGUGGAACGAGGCAGGCACAGCGAAUGCGACGGGCUUGGACCAGGCGUGGGGCGACUCGAAGACUGCGGAAGAGAAAGCGAUGGAUAGCGCGUGGGGAGACAGCGACAACUUGGAGGCGAUCUGGGAAAAAGCAAUGGCCGACGCGCAGACCACUGAUCCGUUUGAGGAUGCGUGGGAUAACGCGACUAACCAGGACUACGCCUACAAGGCUGACAACCCGUUCAUGGACGCGUCCGAGAAUUUCCAGAGGGGUGUCGAGUUUUUCAAGUCGGGACACCUGGAUGACGCAAUCCUCGCCUUUGAAGCGGAGGUACAGCAACACGCUGAUAACAGUGAGGCGUGGCGGAUGCUCGGUGAGUGCCACGCUGAGAACGAUGAGGACAAGAGCGCCAUCAUCUGCUUGGAGCGCGCGGUGGAGGAGGAUCCGUACAACUUGAGUGCAUUGCUGGCACUUGGAGUCAGCAACGUGAACGAGCUUAACCCACAGGGUGCGCUGAAAACGCUGAAGGCCUGGGUGCAACACAACCCGAAAUUCCACGGACUGGAAAUCCAGGUGGACGAAUACAGCGAUGGAUCGCUGAUGGACGAGGUGAUGCAACUCAUGCUGCAGGCGCGUGCACACGACCCCAGCGACUCCGACGUACAGGUUGUUCUUGGUGUCCUGUACAACGUGUCGAAAGACUAUGACGCAGCAGUUGAGUGCUUCAAGGUUGCGACUGACUCGCGCCCGGACGAGUAUGCCUUGUGGAACAAGAUUGGAGCAACGUUGGCAAACUCGGCGAGGUCUUCCGAGGCAAUUCCUGCGUAUCAUCGCGCGUUGGAGUUGAAGCCGCGAUAUGCUCGUGGGUGGCUGAAUUUGGGCAUCAGUCACGCCAACCUGGGGAAUUACGAGGAGGCCACGAAGUGCUACCUACAGGCGCUGAGCUUGAACAACCGCGCAGACCACAUCUGGAGCUAUUUACGCAUUUGCUUCACGUGCAUGGAACGGUUCGACCUCGUGAAGGUUGCGGACACGAGAGACAUUGCCCACUUCCGCGAAGAAUUCAAGCUCAUCGAUCUAUAACCCGCCCUCCCAUUCCCGUCGUGUGUGACGUUCAGCUGGUGCGAUGAAUGUAUUUUACUGGGCUUCAGUAGAGGAACGUUUUUUUCAGAAAUGCAAAUCUUUGAACCGUC